CAAAGUGCUGGGAUUACAGGUGUCGGGUUCUUUUAUUCUGAGACAGGGUCUCACUCUGUCGCCCAGGUUAGAGUACAAUGGGGUGAACACGGCUCACUGCAGCCUUGACCUCCUGGGCUCAAGGGAGCCUCCUACCUAAGCCUCCUGACUAGCUGGGACUCCACCACACCCACCUAAUUUUCGUAUUUUUUGUAGAUAUGGGGUUUCCCCAUGUUGCCUAGGCUGGUCUUGAACUCCUGAGCUCAAGCAAACCUCGCACCUCAGCCUCCCAAAGUGCUGGGAUUAUAGGUGUGAGGCACCGUGCCCGGCUGGCCCAGGUUCUUAAAGUCUCCUUGACACAAUCAUCACAGUUGUAAUUCGGUAGUUAUUUACAUGAUUGUCUCCUCACUGCAUUGUAGGCUCCAUAAGUACAGGGGCCAUGUCUGUCUUCUUCAGGCCGUAUCCCCAACCCCUGGCACACAGCAGGUGCUCAGUUAAUGUUUGUUCACAGGGACACUGCUGCCUCCAGUGGGCUGGGCCCUGGAGGCCUGAUGAGCUGAGGGUGGAUUAUCAGAUUAUUGCUGACUAGGGCGUCUGCCCCAGCAAGACCCCAGAGGUAGAGGGAGAGCAGGGUUCCCUCCUCGCUCAGGCCCUGGCUGAAGAAGGGGCCCCAAAGGGCUUUUUCUUUGGCUGUGCUGUGUGUCUCACUGCUGUCCUUUGCUUCCAUGUGCCACUGCGGCGAUGGCUCCACGGCCUCCCCUGGACUGGCUGCAUGACCCCGAUGGCUGCUUCUGGCAACAUCAUGACAACAGAGAAGAGUUUAGUGACUGAGGCCGAAAAUUCACAGCACCAACAGAAGGAAGAGGGUGAGGAAGCCAUAAACUCAGGCCAACAAGAACCUCAGCAGGAGGAAUCUUGUCAAACAGCAGCCGAAGGAGAUAAUCAGUGUGAACAGAAGGUGAAAGCUUCUAAUGGAGACACUCCUACACAUGAAGACUUGACCAAGAACAAGGAGCGGACAUCAGAAAGCAGAGGCCUUUCACGACUAUUCUCCUCGUUUCUCAAAAGGCCCAAGUAUCAGGUGUCCGAGGAAGAAGGCAAAGAAAUAGAGUCAGAUAAAGAAAAAGGUGAAGGAGGUCAGAAAGAGAUAGAAUUUGGAACCAGUCUUGAUGAAGAGAUCAUUUUAAAGGCCCCGAUUGCAGCUCCUGAACCUGAACUCAAAACAGACCCAUCUUUGGAUCUUCAUUCAUUAAGCAGUGCAGAAACACAGCCUGCUCAGGAAGAACUCAGAGAAGAUCCAGAUUUUGAAAUUAAGGAAGGAGAAGGACUUGAAGAGUGCUCCAAAAUAGAAGUAAAAGAAGAAAGCCCUGAAUCAAAAGCAGAAAGAGAAUUAAAAGCUUCCCAAAAACCAAUCAGAAAACACAGGAACAUGCACUGCAAGGUUUCUUUGUUGGAUGACACAGUUUAUGAAUGUGUUGUAGAGAAACAUGCUAAGGGACAAGAUUUGCUUAAGCGAGUAUGUGAGCAUCUCAAUCUUUUGGAAGAAGACUAUUUUGGUCUAGCCAUUUGGGAUAACGCAACCUCUAAGACAUGGCUGGAUUCCGCCAAAGAAAUAAAAAAGCAGGUUCGUGGUGUCCCUUGGAAUUUUACAUUUAAUGUAAAGUUUUAUCCACCUGACCCAGCACAGUUAACAGAAGACAUAACAAGAUAUUAUUUAUGUCUUCAGCUUCGGCAGGACAUAGUUGCAGGACGUCUGCCCUGUUCCUUUGCAACCUUAGCAUUAUUAGGUUCUUACACCAUCCAGUCUGAACUGGGAGACUACGACCCAGAACUCCAUGGCGUGGAUUAUGUUAGUGAUUUUAAACUGGCCCCGAAUCAGACCAAGGAACUUGAAGAGAAGGUCAUGGAACUGCAUAAGUCAUACAGGUCCAUGACUCCAGCUCAGGCUGACUUGGAGUUUCUUGAGAAUGCCAAAAAGUUGUCUAUGUAUGGAGUUGAUCUUCAUAAAGCAAAGGACUUGGAAGGAGUAGAUAUCAUCCUAGGUGUCUGCUCUAGUGGCCUUCUGGUUUACAAAGAUAAGCUGAGAAUUAACCGCUUCCCUUGGCCCAAAGUGCUGAAGAUUUCUUAUAAACGUAGUAGCUUUUUCAUCAAGAUUCGGCCUGGAGAGCAAGAGCAGUAUGAAAGUACCAUCGGAUUCAAACUUCCCAGUUACCGAGCAGCUAAGAAAUUAUGGAAAGUCUGUGUAGAACAUCACACGUUUUUCAGAUUGACAUCUACAGACACCAUUCCCAAAAGCAAAUUUCUUGCGCUAGGAUCCAAAUUUCGAUACAGUGGCCGGACUCAAGCUCAGACCAGGCAAGCUAGUGCUCUAAUUGAUAGGCCUGCCCCACGCUUUGAGCGUACAGCAAGUAAACGGGCGUCCCGGAGCCUCGAUGGAGCAGCAGCUGUCGAUUCGGCAGACCGAAGUCCUCGGCCCACUUCUGCACCCGCCAUUGCUCAGGGUCAGGUUGCAGAAGGUGGCGUCCUAGAUGCCUCUGCUAAGAAAACAGUGGUCCCUAAAGCACAGAAGGAAACAGUGAAGGCUGAAGUGAAAAAGGAAGACGAGCCACCUGAGCAAGCUGAGCCAGAGCCCACAGAAGCAUGGAAGGUGGAAAAAACCCACAUCGAGGUGACAGUACCCACCUCAAAUGGUGACCAAACACAGAAGCUUGCAGAAAAAACUGAAGAUCUGAUAAGAAUGAGGAAGAAAAAGAGAGAAAGACUAGAUGGUGAAAACAUUUAUAUCAGACAUAGCAAUUUAAUGUUGGAGGAUUUAGACAAGAGUCAAGAGGAGAUCAAAAAACAUCAUGCCAGCAUCAGUGAGCUGAAAAAGAACUUCAUGGAGUCUGUACCAGAACCACGGCCUAGUGAAUGGGAUAAACGCUUAUCCACUCAUUCCCCCUUCCGAACUCUUAACAUCAAUGGGCAAAUCCCCACAGGAGAAGGAAGUAUAAAUGGCAUUCGCACAGAGGAGGUGGCUGUCGUGACAAAGGGGCCAUCUACUAACCCUGACUCUGAAUGGGAGGGUCCCAAGCAUUCAGUAGUUCCUAGCAAAAGCCAGAUGACCACCCCGUCGGAGUCUCUGCAAAGCUUUGCCUUUGGCUCCCUCUCCAUAAGCAGCAAGGAGACAGAAGAGAAGGAGGAGGGGGCAGCUGGCUAUCUUGAUAUUAAGGAGAUGCCAAGAGGCCCAACUGGGGAAUGUAUAGGAGUGGAGGAACAGGCCAGUGCCUUAAAGUUCUCAGUAACACCAGCUUCCUGUCAGCUGCAACCUGGUGUAAAAAAGGCAGAGAGUAGUGAAGAACAUGUUACACCAGGAGAGCCACUUGGAAAACAAAAUGGAUCAUUUCUUGACUUUCAUGUGGGUAACCAGUUCCCCACCCUCAUUCGAAGUUUCCAGCCUCCCCUGGUGAAGACACAAACUGUCACCAUCUCAGAUAAUGCCAAUGCUGUGAAAAGUGAAAUCCCAACCAAAGACGUCCCUAUUGUCCACACUGAGACCAAGACCAUCACUUAUGAGGCUGCCCAGACUGACGACAACAAUGGAGACUUGGACCCAGGAGUCUUGCUGACAGCUCAGACUAUCACAUCUGAGACCCCAAGCAGCACCACCACAACUCAAAUUACCAAGACUGUAAAAGGUGGGAUUUCAGAGACGCGUAUUGAAAAGAGAAUUGUGAUCACAGGAGAUGCUGAUAUUGACCAUGAUCAGGUCCUUGUACAAGCCAUCAAGGAGGCAAAGGAGCAGCAUCCAGACAUGUCAGUGACCAAGGUGGUCGUCCACCAGAAGACCGAGAUUACUGAUGAGUGAGCUCAGGAACUAACCUACCCCAACUCUGCCCUUCUCCCAUCCAAGAGAAACCAGCAAAAUGAUAAAGAAGCUAACCUGCCAUAGUCAGACUUCAGACUUUGAAGAUUAUUCUAAAUCACCAGAAAAUUAAUUUCAUUGUCUAUUGGGAGUUUAUACCAAGAGAUUCUUCUAGAUCUCAUUGAUCCUUUUGAAGAGCUUUUUCUAUGUUAGGAUAUCAGAAUUGUUCAACUUUUCACUCUAUAGACUGUUUUAAGAGUUUUGGGGUUUUUUUAAUUGGGUGGUUUGUAACCCCUUCAGCCUAGCCUCUCUGCCCAUUUAUUUCCAACCCCAACAGACACUGACAGGGUCCACGGAAUUCUUCGGGAAAUCCUCCAAGGACUCUUGUCAGCUGUGUUGGAGGCCAAAGCCAGCUUAGUGGGACUUCCGCGUCUCUCCCCAGUCUUAUCCCCUUUGGAUGACGGCAGAAACUUCAUGAACCAGCCCUUUCUUAGAGCCAGUGAUGUGAGUGUAUCAGAAUGCCGGGGAGGGCACCAGCCCUGAUCCACAGACCUCGGAACGAUGCCCCUGUUCCUUUGUUGCGGGUGGUUUUGGUAAGGCAGAGCCCUCUGCUGAGAAUGUAGUAUUGUUUUUCCCUUCUCCCUCCUGCUCGCUCUUUUUGGAGCUUCUUUGGGUCAAAGACAUAGAAGUUGCUUCAGAUAUCUGAUACUGUGAAUGUUUGAACAUAUCCGUGGCCUUCACCUCUCCAGCUACCCUUUUACCUCAUCAGAAGCAGUGGCUCAGCUAAGUGCUCCCCCUAGCUCCCAUCUCAGGAGACCAAAUCUCACAGAAAAAUAGGCACUUUGGGCCAAAAGCUCUAAUGGAACAUUUUUAGUGGUGAUUUGGGGAAGGAAAAUUAAUGAGGUUUUUAAACUAAGGUUUUCUAGUUUUGAGAGUGUGCACUUCACACAGGGGAAUGGGGUUACUUCUGUCAGAUCCUGGGCCUUUCUUUCAUCCCAAAUGACAAGGAAUGUGGCUCAGAGAAGAGUUUUUCUUUUUUGACCUUUCUUCUCUCAACAGGAACCUGCCUGAGGACACCCUUCUAGAGCAAGGAAUUGGCUUUUAGGAGCCGUUCUCCCCACAAGACACCACAUGACAAGGGGUAUAAGCCCCAGCCCUGCUCAUUCCCACUCGCCAGCUGAGGUCUGUCAGGUUUUGAAGGCUUGAUUUUGUGGUGGGUUUGGGGCUUAGUUUUCCUUUUUUUCGUUAUGAUUUUUGAAAAUGAAGAUGAUGCCCUAAUUCCUGGUAAGGAUUUGGGGCAUAGUUUUUUGUUUUUUUGAGACGGAGUUUCACUCUUGUUGCCCAAGCUGGAGUGCAGUGGCACGAUCUCGGCUCACUGCAACCUCCGCCUCCCAGGUUCAAGCAGUUCUCUUGCCUCAGCCUCCCAAGUAACUGGGAUGACAGGCGCACACCACCACGACUGGCAAAUUUUUUGUAUUUUUAGUAGAAACAGGAUUUCACCUUGUUAGCCAGGCUGGUCUCGAACUCCUUACCUCAGGUAAUCCCCCCACCUUGGCCUUCCAAAGUGCUGGGAUUACAGGUGUCAGCCACCACACCCGGCCGAUUUGGGGCAUUUUUAUUUAACAGAACUUCUCUAACCUUCCUUCCAACUGCUUCCCACAAACACAUUGGCCUGAAGGCUCCUUAGAAUCCCAGUUCCAGGCUAGAAGUGAACUUCCUAAAAUAGACAGUGGGUAUCGGGCAGCAGUCACUGGGGCUCAAGGGCAGUGAGCAAGAGAAAUGUCUAAAGCUGCUUCUCCCAACACCGUCCAAAGUCUCCACUGCCUGAGUUUUGUUUCAGCUGGUUUGAACUCAUUUCGGGUGUAUGCAUUUUUCUUUUGGUACCCAUGUGAGACAUGAACAAGAGGGAGGGAAAGAGCCCAGGUGGGACAUGGGACAGGCUUAGGGGAAAGAGCUUGUCCUAUCUCAGGAACAAACUUACAGGCUGUGGGCAGAGGGUCUGAAAGGUGGGGCUUUGGGGUAGUACCCAAGCCUGGCCAUGUUGCCAGGAGUGGUGACAAGUGAGAAAUGCAGCUUACAUCAAACGAACAUGUAGUGCAUGCCCACUGCCUGAUGGCCAGAUGGCCUGUAGAAAGAGCUACCAGGGCUCCCAGACCUGUGGAACGAAGAGGAUGGGGAAAAGGCAGAGGGUACUGAGUGUCCCUUUAAAAACUAACACACUGAAUAUUCCGUGUGAUCUAGAACAGCGUGGCAGCUUUCACAGCACAGGACCGUUCAUCAGGGGCCUAAACGUUUCCUUCAGCUCUGUCACCAACUCACUUCUCUUGGCUUCAUUGUCUGUAAAUUGGAUGAGAAGAGCUCUAAUGCCUUUCAGGCUCUUAGAAGCCAUAGAUUUGGACAAGCCCAGCAAGAUGGGUGUCCUUCCAGGCCUCUUCCCCUUUCCUCCAUCUCUGGCAACAGUUCUUGGGGUUUGGCAAUUGUUUGGAUUUUUUUCUUUCUGCAGUUGUGUGUGUGUGUGUGUGUUUGUGUGAAGAAAAACAGACUGUCCAGGUAGAAAUGGUGAAGAGGGGGAAGAUAAUUACAUUUCCAGGGUCAGAAACUUGGCAACAGUUUUCCUAGAGUGACUCAGACACACCACAGUAACAACUCUCGCUGCAAUUUUAUUUUAAUUUGAGAAAUAAAGAUUUCCUCCAAGCCACAUGAGGACUCUGGCACCCACCCACAAAGCAAGACCUGUAUUUAUAAGCCGAGGGCUCAGGGAGCCUAACUGCGGGACCUGUCAGGGCACCGUGACCCAUCCCCCUCUCUCCUCCACCCCCACCCCGGCCAGGCCCGUCAGUGUGUGUUGGGGGAUGCUUGGCAGCUGGGGGUGAGGAGACAACAAAUCUCGGGAAAUGGAGCCAGAGCUGUGGCCUAACUGACGCCCUUUGAUGCUCACGGGAAAUUUCUGCCCAGGAUCUCAGCCCCAGGCUGGUUGUUUCUACAAAUCUCUCUCAAAUGUAUUAUUUUGGUGACAAAAAUGAAGGAGCUUUGUAAAUUUUUUUAAAAUUAUGAAUCAUAUCAAGUAGUUGUUUACAUUUCUUGAAAAAAUAGGAACUCGGGCAGCAGAAUCAGAUUGGCAGAAUCCUUAGACUACACAGGCAAUAAUCAAGUCUGCUGUUUUGGCCUUUCGUAGUAGGAGAAGUGGUUGUAGUGUUUAGAUAUAUGUUUGGUCUUGCUUCUUGUAUUGCAUUUUUUUCAAUAAACAACAAAAAGAACCGA